ACACAAAGCAAACCUUUAAUGAUAGCAAAUUAAAUGAUGAUGCAUUAAUCUCAGCCACUAGAAUCAGGCUAUGGGAAGAUUAUUUUGCUUUUACAACCCUUCCAAUUUCUAUGCCUUUUAUCAUUUCCGUGCUUGGAUAUUUCGCGGUUAGUAAUAAUCGUCGUUCUUUAUGGUCGGCUGCAGACAACAAAGACCUGGCGGCGGAUGCGUUAGCUAGUCUAAAAGUUUCAUGGAAUAGAUAUUUAUUUGAAAUUGUCUUACCAAAGGCUUUGGCGAAAAUUCUUCGUGAGCUCCCGCUUAAAAUUCCUAACAUUAGAUCCGAUGAUAUAUAUAAUGUUGUAGAAAAUCCUAAUGUUGAGGAUCGUGUAUUCAAAGGACCUCCUUUCAUUAUGAAUAGGUGUAUAUCAACAUCUCUUGACACAAUUAAAGCCUUGAAAGAUUCUAGACAUAAAGAUUUUCUCAAAAAUUUUUCUCCGGCCAUUAUUCGUACAAUCAAUGAAUAUAACGAUGUCAUUUUUAUUGUUGGUAGUGAGAAGGAACAAAUUGGUGCCAGUAGAUAUGUGCUUUCAGCAAGCAAAGAAGUUAAAAUUAUAGAAUUAAAAGAUGUUCGACCAGAGGCAUGCCGGGUGUUUCAUCAAUGGCUGUAUGGAAAAUCUUUUGAAGAAGCAACAAAGUCACCUUACAUAACUGAUAUCCAUGGUGCUGACGCAUUCAAAGAUAAAUUGGAAGAUACUAUUAUAAGUAGUCAUGUCAAUGUUCAUAAUGAUGAGCAUGAAAUUUCCGAAGAAACAGAAAUG